GUCAAACACCAGGUAACACUUAUCUUCAUUUCAAAUUAAUUUUUUCGAAAAUGUUAAUACCUACUUACCUGGAUAAAAAAAAUUGCAAACUGCAAUUUAUGUCAAUUUACCUACAAUGAGUGUAUAUUUAUAUUUAAUUAAGAAAGGUUGCGACCAUGAAGGCCACACGUAGUAAAAUUUUUACAAUAAUUUACUUGCCGUAAACAGAGAGUGGAAUCUUGAGUGAAAUCUUGCGUUACAACUUGUUGUUUUCAUUCAUUAACAUUUAAAACAGAAUGCAUCAUGAAACUGAUGAUCAUUGUCAAUUUGUACGCUUUAUCACACUUUUGUUUGUGUGAAGAAAUAAUGGACGAAGAAGACCGGCAAAUGUUGAAACAAAGCAUCCUAUUGUUUGGCACUCCGCGACUUUUAAACGACUUACCUGGACCCGAAUUUACAAAGAAAGAUUUAGAAAAAAUCCCUUUAGACAUUGAUUUCAGCAACAAUCCUGGAAAAUACAGUUUCAAGUAUUACACAAAAUUGAAUCAGCUGGCAUACCUCGAACGCUACGAAGCCGGUGAAUUACAGGAAAUUGACAAUAAAACGAUUUUGAAAGUAAAAGGACAAUAUACUGAACGAUUUGAACGAAAAAAUGGGGGCUAUUAUAUAAGAACGAUUGGUUACACCGCUGAUGAGGAUGGUUACAAACCGUUUUUGAUAGAUUUAUCCACUUACAAAGAUGAAACUGUUUAUAACGAAACCGUUAUUUAUCGCGGAGGACCAAAGGGUGAAAAGGGAAUUUCAACAACUGUCCUCAUUACUUUAACCGGAGGAAAUAGUUUGGGUUGAUUCAAAAAGCGAAAUAUUGUGAUAACUUCAAUUUUAUUAACACUGCAAACUAAACCACACGUGGAACAAUUAUUUAUUUAUAUUAUUAAUAAUGUAAAAGUUAGAAAAAUAAAUGUAACAGUAA